AUGUCGCGCGAAGCAGACUAUCAGAACCCUGGAUUUUUCGUCGCCGUGCACGUUGGCGCGGGAUACCACUCGCCGUCGAAUGAGAGAGCCCUCCGCAAUGUCAUGAAACGUGCCUGCCUCGCCGCUGCUUCCAUUCUUCGAAAGGGUUCAGGUGGAUGUAUAGACUCUGUUGCAGCGGCAAUUCAAGUUUUGGAGGAUGAUCCUUGCACGAAUGCGGGGCGAGGAUCAAAUUUGACGGAGGAUGGUCAUGUAGAAUGUGAUGCAAGUGUAAUGGAUGGUGACUCUGGAGCAUUUGGCGCUGUUGGAGCAGUGAGAGGGGUUAGAAAUGCCAUUCAGGUUGCUGCUUUGCUGGCCAAAGAACAGUUGUUUGGUUCACCACUGCUGGGUCGAAUAACUCCAAUGUUUUUGGUUGGAGAAGGGGCUCAUGCAUGGGCAAAGUCCAAGAAUAUAGUUUCAGAUGAAAAGGUCGACGAGUGGCUGGUGACCGAAAGGGCAAGGACUCAAUGGGAAAGAUAUAAAGCAAUGCUUGAUGAUGCCAAAAUUAUGACCAGCAAUGCUAGAGUGGGGAUCACUCAUGACCCUCAAGGGAGUGUUGCAGUGUCAGAGUUUCAACCGCAAUUGUCUAAACUGAAUCCACUGGAAGAGGACUUUAUAGUAGACACAGUUGGAGCUAUUUGUAUAGAUUCUGAAGGACAAAUAGCAUGCGGUGCAUCAAGUGGUGGUAUUGCCCUAAAGGUAAGUGGACGUGUCGGAUUAGCCGCGAUGUAUGGUUCUGGUUGUUGGGCAUCCUCAAAAGGGCCCUUUGGAGCUCCUUUUAUCGUUGGUUGUUGCGUAAGUGGUGCUGGAGAGUACCUAAUGAAAGGAUUUGCAGCUCGUGAAUGCUGUGUAUCAUCAUCAUUGUCUCAGGCUGGUCCAGCCUCAGCUUGUACAAAGGUUUUGCACUCUGUUCGUGAAAAUGACCAAUUUAACACUGAUAGAAGUGCUGGAACUUUACUAGUGCAAGCUGAAGCCCCUGAAAGGGUUCCUGGUACUUCAGCUAAGCUAGAAGCUGUUGAGAUUGCAGCUGUCUAUACUUCCCCAUCUUUCGGAAUAGGUUAUUUUGGAAGCUCUAUGGGGCGGCCGAAGGCGUCUAUUCUACGGAGUACAAGACUACAAAAACAAACUGGAGCUGAUCAGUUUGCAGAACGAAUCAAUCUUGUGGCUUAG